UAUAAAUGAAACCUGAUAAAUGUUGGCCGGUUAGUCUUCGGAUGUUGAUUGAAGUGCUGCUACGCUGAUCCUCUUCUUCCACCGUUUUCCACAAAGAAAUCGUAGAGCUGCUUUUUUUCUUCGGUUAUUUUCUUUGGAAAAAUACUAGUUGUAGUAGUAGUCAACUCAACAUCAUGAACAAAUUCAUUUUCCUUUUUCUGCUGAGCGCGACAAACGCAUACCUUUAUAAUCCCUACUACAGGUUCUUCAGGUACCACGAACCGUACUAUGGUUUAACGUAUGCGAAUCCUUAUUUGCAUCAUGAUAACGCUCUGAAUUCGUACAGCGAUCAGUCCAAUUACUUAUACACACUGAACGUGCUUGCUGAAGUUCCUCACGAGAUCAAGAAUGACUUCACCGUGGUGCCUCUGUUGGUCGUGGCGCAAGAAAGCAUGAAGAUGAUCAACGAUGGGGAUAUAAUGGGAGUAUCCCAGAACUUGCCGAUGAUGACUGUUAAGACCAAGGAUGAGAAGACUGUUCAAUGCAGCCCAGCCGUUAAAAUAACGCUGAAAAAGCCGAUUUUCGUAUAUACCCUGAAAUCAACGAUCGUCUUCCCAUCAGAAAUCGGAAUCGUCCAUGGAGAUUACAGGAUUCCUAUUACCGUCGGUGCCGUCAUUGCUCCAAUCCCGCAGACUACGUACGUAUCUUUGGAAACUCCGGCGAGGAUCGAAGUCGUCUACGCAGUUCCUACGAGUCCAAUUACUUUGGACUACAUUAAUAACAGCGAUGUUGUCAGCGAUGAUGGUCAGGCGGUCGUAGUUGAGAGCGCUCCAGAUUACGAACCCCAAAACAUCACGAUCAUAAAUUUCCCCGAUAAACAAGCAGAACCUGUUUUGGAUGUUGACGAGGAGAACAGCGAGCUCGUCAAUAGAAAUCCACCGAUGUUGUUGGCGCCGGCCGGUAUUGUUCAAUCGACCCAACCCCAAACCAUCGUAAGUCAAUUCAUAAACUCCAAGGAAUCUCCGGUUCUUAUAGCUAUCAGAGAGGAAUCACUAAAGCAUCGGUUAUAGGUUAUUCCCCUUCAGCUUUCAUCAUCAAUACGUUACUAAAUUCUCAAUUAAAAUAUACAAA